AUGUCCAUUGCGAACUUUGACGCGUUUUAUGCGCAAUGCGAGUCAGUACGCUUGGGUAUACCUAAUGAUCAGCCUUUGGCCGUCCUACAGUUCAAGAAUUGCAUUGCUCUGAACUAUGCUGCAAAGGCUGCAGGCCUGAAGCGAGGCGUAGGACCUGAAGACGCUAAAAAGCAGUGUCCUUCUGUUAUCAUACAGCAUGUGGCUACUUGGCGAGAAGGCGACUCAACGUGGGCCUACAGGCCGGACGUCAAACAGGAUAUGGAGACUGACAAAGCUGCACUCGAUCCAUAUCGACUGCAGUCACGAAAAGCAUUUGACUUGAUCAAAAGCAUGUUGCCUGGGCCACCAGUACAGAAAGUUGAAAAAGCUAGUAUUGACGAGGUCUUCUUGGAUCUUUCGGCUCAAGUAUACGCUCGGCUGAUUGACGAAUACCCGUAUCUAGCUACUGGCCUACAGCAAAACCACCUCGAUUCAAGACUUCCUCUUCCUGGAACAAGUGUGCUAGAUUGGAAAGAUGCAAAGCUUAUCGCUGCCGAUGUAGACGCUGAGCAAGGUGUCCCAGAUUGGGAUGACAUUGUCCUCUGCGUCGGCAGCGACAUUGUGGCUCAAGUUCGACAGCAAGUGUAUACGCUAAUGAAAUAUUCGUGCUCAGCAGGGAUCGCAGGCAACAAAGUGGUUGCAAAGUUGGCGGCAGGUCACAAUAAGCCUAACCAGCAGACAGUAGUAAGGCGGAGAGCAGUUUCAGCCUUUCUGUCAGAGUAUAAGCUCAGCAAGAUCCGAGGUCUUGGCGGCAAGCUUGGGAACAAAGUGGUCACCUCGUUUGGCACGGAGCAAAUUGCGGAACUCCUAGACAUCACUUUGAAGCAGUUGCAGUCAGUGCUUGGUGCAGGAUCUGGAUCUUGGGUGUUCAAUGUUAUUCGAGGCAUUGAAUACAGCGAAGUUGUGGAGAGAACACAACUGCAGUCCAUGCUUGCGCAGAAGACAUUUGCACCGAAAGCUGAGGAUCUUGCUCAAGCUGAAAAGUGGCUUACCAUAUUCGCUGGCGAUCUGAUGGGCAGAUUAGAAGAGCAAGAUGCUGCAUCUAGUUCCAGGCGGCCCCGAGUAAUCGCUCUGCAUCAUGCCAUAAAUGGGCGAUAUGGACCGAAACACUCGAAGCAGAUGCAUAUACCGACUGGAGCUCGAAUUACGCAGCAACUCCUCUUUGAUCUGUCCAGAAGUUUACUUGUUCAGAUCUCCUUGGAGGGACCAGCAUUUCCGUGCCUUGAGUUGUCAGUAAGUCUCUCGAACUUCGAGGAUGUAUCCAGCGGCAACAGCAGUCUGAGAAACUUCUUCAUACCAAGUGCUGGGAAAGAAGUCGUUGUCACUUCGCAUGCCCAGCCUGUGGCAGGAAAGCGAAAGAGAGAGGUAUCUGAGUACUUCGCGCGGCCACCUUCCAGCAACAAGAAGACGCUUUCUGGCGCGAAUGGAGUCGUUGAUAGUGGUGCUGGUGAGGAUGCUGAUUCGUUGCCUGCCGAGGCCAGUAGUACCUCAGAUUCUGGACAAGAGUUGUAUUGUUGUCCAAAAUGCAAAAAGAAGAUACCUAGCACAGGAGUUCUGGAGCAUCUCGAUUGGCACGUGGCGAAGGAGCUGCAAGACUGCUGA